UCGAGUGGAGUCGGUGUGUUGUUGACGUAAACUGAAGUGGCUAUGCCGUGCGUCCAGACCCAGUGCGGCUCCUCUCCACAAGGAGCCAGCCCGGCCUCCCAGAGCUCCAGCAGAGAGCGCAGCUGCGACUUCCUCACUCCAGAGUUUGUAAAGUUCAGCAUGGACCUUACCAACAGUGAAAUCUCAGCUGCAACAUCUGGCCCCAGUUUUGGCCCUUUGGUGGACACUUAUGGCUCCGGGUACGAAGUGAAGCCCCCGUGUCUCUUUCAGUUGCCAGUGCAGGGGGAGCUUCCGUGCAUUAAGGUGGAAGAUGCGCAAGGGUGUCCGCGUUAUCAGCCGAAUCAGCAUCACCCACACCAGUCCGAAGAGCUGCUUUCCUCGCCGGGCUCCGUUUAUUAUUACCGGUCUCCAUCACCGCACGUCCCCAUUACAUCCAGCUUCCAAACUCCUCCGGGACACAUAUGGGAGGACUCCGGUUCUCUGUACAGUUUUCGUCAAGACUAUUUGGCGGCAGCGCACAGGAAGAACACACUAUCCAGAUUCUCAUUUUUUUCUCUUAAACACGCGCAACACGGCGGACAGAGCUUGUGCACCUCUCAGAUGAAGUUUGACGGAUCUCUCCAUGUGUCCAUGAACCUGGACGCAAGCGGAGCGCACCAGUCUCUGGACAGCCCCGGGGGUUUGGGUUCCACUAGUCUCGGUAAGCAGCCCGGUGUGGGAUUUCCUCACUCGUUCCAGCUCCCUCACUUCAUGGACUACCAGACUUCUGCUCCCAGCCGAGGACCGCUGAGCACGGAGGGGCUGUGCGCGGUGUGCGGAGAUAAUGCAGCCUGUCAGCACUAUGGAGUGCGCACCUGCGAAGGCUGCAAGGGUUUCUUCAAGCGCACAGUGCAAAAAAAUGCCAAAUAUGUAUGUUUGGCUGCAAAAAGUUGCCCUGUGGACAAGCGUAGGAGGAACCGAUGCCAAUAUUGUCGCUUCCAGAAGUGCCUUGCAGUGGGAAUGGUCAAAGAAGUGGUGAGGACAGACAGCCUGAAAGGUCGAAGAGGUCGUCUGCCAUCCAAACCUAAAGCUCUUCCUGACUCUUCUUCACCUGUUAGCACCCUUCUGAGCGCCCUCAUCAGGGCACAUGUGGAAUCAAACCCUCCACCCUCUCGCCUUGACUACUCCAAAUUCAAGGAGAAUCCUGGCAGUCCACUAGGAGACGAUGCAAAGCAUGUCCGGCAGUUUUACGACCUCCUGACCAGAUCGAUGGAGGUGAUUCGAGGUUGGGCGCAGAAGAUCCCGGGCUUUACCACCCUGCUCAAACAUGACCAAGACCUCCUCUUCUAUUCUGCUUUCCUGGAGCUCUUUGUUUUACGGCUGUCGUACAGAUCCAACCCAGAAGAAGGAAAGAUGAUCUUCUGUGAUGGGUCAGUGUGGCAUCGACUCCAGUGCCUGCGGGGCUUUGGGGAAUGGAUUGACAGCAUUGUUGAAUUCUCUGGCAAUCUGCAGAGGAUGAAUCUGGACAUCUCCACCUUCUCAUGCAUAUGCACCCUCACCCUGGUCACUGAGCGGCACGGGCUGAAGGAGCCGAAGAAGGUGGAGGAGCUGCAGAACAGGGUCAUAAAAUGCUUGAAGGACGGUGGGAUGUGCGCCGAUACAGCCUCAGCCUUGUGGUCCAACCACUUGUCCAGACUGCUGGGAAAGUUGCCUGAACUUCGCACUCUGUGCAUCCAAGGCCUGCAAAGGAUUUUCUAUUUGAAGCUGGAGGAUUUGGUGCCGCCGCCUGCCAUUAUAGACAAGUUAUUCCUCGACACGUUGCCAUUUUAGAAACAUAAGAGAACACACACGGGGACGUUUUCUGUGUUUUUCUCAGUGAUGGCACUGUUGGACUGCUUUUGCUUUAAUCCCAACAUCCAUUCCCGACAGGCUGAGCUCUGUGCGCACGUCUUAAAAUCUGCUGAGCCAGUAAAUCAUAUUUCCUAAGAACAAGUGAACGAUUUCUGAUGAAAUGUAUUUUAAGAACUCUGUUCACUUUAUUUUCUUCAUGAUAUCAAAGGAUGUGUUUGGGAUAUUUUAAGCUGAGACAGAAGCAUAAGGAUGGCGACACGUCUCCCACAAAAUUACCAAAUUACUUGCAGUUUGAAAAAAAAAACAUUCGUUCCUUUUUGAUUUUAUUGUUUAAAUGUGAUCGGGACAAAACAAUGGACUGAAUAAAAGUGUUUGCCAGGUAAGGAGCCGUAUUUACGCCUGGUUCUCAGCUUGUACAGACGCAUUCUGAUAUGAGUAAAGUGCGUCGCUUCACGUUUUCAUAACGUCAUAUAGAUUAAUAUGAUAAUAGGUAUUUAGUGGAGUCCAUGUUGUGUUCCCUGUCAUCGUCUAUGCUUUAAUAAAUAAAUGAC